AUGGAGACCCAACGCGACAACUCAAUUCCAUUUCUAGACGUUCUCAUCACCAAGACACCGUCUGGAUUCCCUUCUCACCAGGUGUACCGGAAACCUACCCACACAGACCGCUACCUCAACUUCCGCUCACACCACCACCCGUCCAUCCACCAAUCAGUCGCCAACACACUCAUCAGACGAGCCCACCAACUCAGCGACAAGGCACACUUACAUCAAGAACUCAAGCACGUGACCAAUGCACUCACCACCAUCAACCACUACCCCAGAAGAAGGAUCAAGACUCAACCACCCAACCAUCAACCCAGCACCGACAGCACCGAAAACCCAUCCGAAACCAAGCCCGUCGCCACCAUAGUACUACCCUACAUCGGCAAGACUUCACACCGACUACAACGCAUCCUUCACUCUGCCAACAUCCUCGUCAGACACCAAUCCUCUCGAAAACUACACUCCAUCCUUCACUCUCAUAAGGACAAGCACCCAUCCAACAAACAACCAGGCGUCUACAAGAUCCCCUGCGACUGCGGUAAAGUCUACAUUGGGGAAACCGGCCGAGACUUCGACACCAGACUCAAGGAACACAAGACCCACCACCGACGCAGCGACUGGGACCGAUCCGCCAUCGUCAAGCACGCACAACAAGAGAAUCACCGCAUAGAAUGGGAAAGGAGCCACCUAAUCACCAACAUCCGGCACUGGAAUACCAGAAGGGUCAGGGAAGCCAUUGAGAUACAUCAACACAACACUGUGCCUCAAGACCCUGGCCUCCACAUCAACAGCAUCUGGCACCCAAUCCUACGUCACCAUCAAACUUCUAACCAAUCCACAAACAACCAGCCGUCCACCGUCACUCCACCGAGCCCUCCUACCCAACACAGCAGUCUGAUUGCAUCACCAACUCAACCAGGGACUCCGCCGACACACACACCACCGCCACCGACACCUCGCUACAACCUCCGCCGACGACCCAACACCUCAUCCGUACACCAGGCCACCCACUCACUCCCGCCGAAGCUCACCCGACGAGUCCGCCGACCAACACGCACAGAACGCCACCAUUGA